CUUGCUGCUAGGAAACAAUGGUUGUUGAGAUACUCGAGACUGCUUGAAAGCACCUUUUGAAUGAACCGAACCAUGUUUCUGUAUGAAUGAACAUACAACUGUAGGACUUGAAAUUCAAAGCACAAUACACGUGAACCCGUUGUGAAAGGUUAAAUCAUUACAAAUGAACCAUACAAUGUAAGACAUAUUAAACUAAAUUGCUUCUGUGAAACACCAGUUAAAAUGUGAACCAUUACUAGAGGCCAUCUGACUACCAUUGCCCCAUGGAAAUGCACCGCAGUCGGACUGUUCUUACAAGAACCUUGCUAUAACAGUUGUUGGUCACAAGAUUAUGGACACUAUAUAUAAACACUCGAACAACAGGAGGGUGUCAGCAGUUUGGAUUGAUAGUAGGUAAUCAGUUAGAAGUGUGACAAUAAGUAUAUUGCAGACAUCCAUCAGCUGCAGCUUCAGCUGUUGGUGCAACAGAUUGAACUGCUGUAAAAUGUAAACAGCCAUUCAUUGGAAAGGGUCAAACAACAUUGCUCUUAUUAGAGAAGAUACAUUGUCUAUAGUCAGAUGACAUUCUGUUGGUGCUAGAGUGACUGGAAUUUGUGAAAAUGUGAUCCCACGAGAAAAACACUGUUUUUGUUACAAACCAGUGUUCCCGUAGUCCAAGGCCAUGACAUGAUGUCUGCCACAAAUGAUUCCACAUUAGAUCCUAACAACUUGGUCCUUAAAACAGCUGCAAACAAGGAUUCCAAAUUGAAUCAUUCCAGUAAUAACUUGACCCUAGAGACCGCUAUGAACAGUGAGUCCACAUUUCAUCUCGGUAAUAACGUGACACUUGGGACUCCCAAUGAGACUGGAGGUCUCUUGCAAGCCUUGAAUAAACCACAGUGUGUAGAAUUUCAAAGGGUUUCUGUAUUGAAAAGUGCUGAUGUUCGUGAUACUUCUCCAAGUUCAAGCAAUGAUCAAUCAGUGACUUCUCAAGACUGUGUGUAUACAUCAGUGACGUUAUUAACAGACCUGGAUAGUGCCAGCCAGCCGAGAUCAGCAGGUGUCAAUCAGACCCAGGCAGACUAUGGUUAUGAUUCCUGUGGUGCUAUUUCUCCUGCAUCACAAGCUGGUCUACAGGUUACUAAUAGUGUCCUUACAGUACCAUUAACAUCCUCUGGCUGUCAUGAGUUGAUACAAUCGGAGCAAAUUAUGCAAGAUGUAUUGCCACAGGGGUACCAGUCGGCAACGCCAAGUGAUUUGCAAUACAUCCCCACUUCAACUCAGAGUUUGUCUGUCUCUAGUUUGCCACUUGUGCAAGCCAGUACUGGAACACUCGACUCUGGUGCUUAUUGUGCAAAUGUCACAGUGCCAUCAGGUGCAUCAGUUUGUCAGCAAGAUGACGUACCAUCAAGUGUAUCUUUUAGUCAGCAAGACGUCGUACCAUCAAAUGUAUCUUUUAGUCAUCAAACUGUGGCACCAUCAAGUGUAUCUUUUUGUCAUCAAACAGUGGUGCCAUCAAAUGUAUCUUUUAGUCAGCAAGACAUCGUACCAUCAAGUGUAUCUUUUAGUCGGCAAGACAUACCAUCAAGUGUAUCUUUUUGUCAUCAAAAUGUGGUGCCAUCAAGUGUAUCUUUUAGUCAGCAAGACGUCGUACCAUCAAGUGUAUCAUUUACUCCACAAGAAACUGUGUUUGAGGUGAAUGUCCCUCAGAGAGUUGCAGUUGUACCACAGAACAUGAAAGAUCCACGUCUGCAGGUGCUUGAGACUGUCACUUCCAUGUAUUCCUUUCCAGCAUUCUCAGAAAGAGCACAAGAUGAUCUCUCCUAUCCGUACAUGACUUGCGCUUCAGGAGAUGUAGCACAGCCUGAAACGGUUCCUUCAGGAAUGUUACCAAAUGUCGUGGAACCAGCAGUCGGUGCUUCCUGUCCUUCAUCCGAUGUUGGCAUGUCCACACAUGACUAUAACACGCAGGACUCGGUGUACUACAGUAUGACCAAUGCAGAUAUGGCUCAGAAUUUCUCUGUUUCUGCAUGUGAAAAUGCUGUCAUUAGUUGCCCAGAGCCGGGAAUGGGUGAUGGUAUGCUGACCAACCCUUCAGUGUUCAUGGGGAACACUGCUUUAGACAAUUCAUUUAAUGAGCUCAUUGUAAAGUCAAAUAACCCAGAAAUGGAAUAUUUUGAUAUCUGCAGUUUUAUGAGUUCUCCUGAUAACAGUCCAGUAAAGAAGACUGCCAACUGUAAUACAGUGAGCACACACAGUAAUACAAAUCCACAGGACAUCACAACAGAUGCAGAUCACUUGCUGUACAAUCUGAAACGUGAUCACCCUAAAGACCAAAUGCCCAAAAGUAUAGUCUCUCCCAGCGUACCCAAAGUGUUUAUCUCCCCUAGUGUUAAUCCAAAUACGAUUAAAAUGAUUGUAACAAAAAAGACAAAACCGAAAUCGGGGAAACGUAAUUGUCGCUAUGUUAAACCUGUAUGUGGAUUCCUGAACAAGGCUAAUGUGAAGAUGAUGGGCAAGCUGAAGCCAUUUUGUGAGUGCAUUGAAAAACCCGAUCAGAGUCUUGUUCUCAAGGAACAGACUAUAUUCACCUAUGGACGGCAAGUCUUAUUGCCACAAAUUCAUAGGAUUGCCUGUUGUGGAUUUGAAUUGAUAGCAGUCCAUCGAGGUUAUAUGAUGUUUGUGUGCAUAAAGCAGCUAUUCAGUUUUGGCUUGGUGGACCGAAUGUUUUACAAGAGCGUGCAGAAACAUUUUCCUGAGCAUGUUGAUAUCAUGACCCCUGAGGAAGUACUGUUUGUUGAGCACCACACCAAAAUGAGCAGCUGUCGUGGUCUUAUUUCACUGGACCGCUUGGUAGUGGCUUUGAGUAACCUGCCAAGUUGCAGAAAGGAAGCAUUAAUGGAUGAUGAUAUGACAUUUUACGAGAUCUGUCCUGGUCACUGGUGUGAGAAGCGAAGAAAGCUGAUUCGAUGUGUUUCCGAUUUGGAAAAAAGGGCUGCAGUGUUUCAGAAAACCACAAACAAGAUACAGGAAAAAAAGUGCAUGAAGAUGAAAACACAAGCCGAUUCUAAAAUCCUUGUUGACAGGCCGGAUGGAGCAGGCUACUGCCUUGCAGAAGUGAAGACCGUUCUGGUAGCUAACAAAGAAUUGAUGUCGUUCUCCUGGUUAGAUGACACUUACAUCAACUGUCUGCAGCUUUGCCAGUAUUUGGCAGAUUUCCCUUGGGUGGACUUUCUGGAAUUGGCAAAAAGUCUCAAUAUUGACUUUCUAGAUGCGCCUGAAGAAGUACAGACUCACUUGAAGAAGCAAGGUCACUGCAAUGACAUUGUGGCUGGCAAGUGGACGUCCGUCGCUAAUCUCAGACUGAUUUCAUGCUUUGCAGUUGGUCAGAUGAAUCACACAGAUUUUUUAAUCAAGAAUUCGGUUCUCACAAAAAUAGCCAAGGGUGACUUCAUAGAAAUUUCAGAAAAACCUACAGACAUUUUAAAGAUGGCUGCAUCCGAGAUAAGAGAUUCAGUCCAAACUGAUGAGGGUAAUCUGGCAGAAUAUGAAAAACCGAAAGUGAGGAAAUCUAGCAAAAAAUCUUUCAAGAAUGUACUUGACGACUUGGAUGCAACUCAGCUGUUUUCCCGAGCUAGAAAGGAGAGGAAUACAAAAGCAAAAAAAGUACGGAAGAAAGUGUGCUCUUCACAGACCUCAUUAUCAUCUACAGAGCAGGCUGGUUCAGGAUCUUGUGAAAAACAAGACAUGGCUAUAAACUGUACUAGAGGUGGAAGCAAUGGUUCAUAUAUUUCUGUAAAUAAAGGAGAUUUUGUGAGAACCACAGACUGUAAUGAAAAUGUUGUUUUUGUGGAAAACAGUGAAGGAGUUUUCUUUGAAUGCAUCCCAUUAUACACAAAGAUGGCAGAGCCUGGGAAGAUGUUUUGUGAAAAAUCUGAUACAAGACUUGAUUCUGUUUCCUCGGCUGAUGUGAAUACUAAGAACAGUCUUUCACAGCCACCUCUUACUCUAAAUGACCAUUUGAGAUCUUUGUCCUCUGUGGAUGAAAGCCGAUAUCCUGCACUGGUAGGUGAGUCAGCACAUGUGAACAGCAGCAGCAGCGACCUUGCAUCUGUUGACUUUGACUUUCUGGUGAGAACACCACAACCCUUCACUGAAAGCAGUGACAAUGAAACCAAGUCUCCAUCUAGGAGAAUGGCCACUAGUUCCAGUGUACCAACCAGUGAGGACAUUUUUAAGAGUCCUGAUUCUGGGAUAUCACUGGACAUACAGUCUGUGAUGAACACGGCUUGUUUAGUACAUGAGGAUCAACAUGUAGGAAAGUCCACCAUGAAUGUCCCUUGUGAAGAAAGACUGCCAGAUUCUGUUGGUUUAGAAUCUGUUGGUUUAGAAUCUGUUGAACACAACUGCAUCUUGCAGCAGUCACCUGAUCUAGCAUUAAAGCAGCAAACUCCACCGGCUAAAACUCACAGCUUCCAGUCUCUUUCUGACACAGAAUAUGAAAACUGGAGGAAAGGUAAGCAGGCAGACGGACAAACAGAACAGCAGAACAUUCCACCGAUGUAUAAAACUUGCAACAUGUCUUCCCUUUCUGACACAGAAUGUGAAACUCGGAACAAAGACAAACUCUUCAAUUCACGAUUUACCCUGAUUCAGAAUGUGCCCUCUAGUGAGAAUUCUAAAGAUGUUUCUUUGUCAAGUAUUCUAGGACAUGCACCUCAGCAAAGUCAUGUCAACCACAGAGUGAUGUGCAGCAAAAACAGCAAAGAUGUUUCAACAGAUUUUGUUAAGAUCAUUUCGGAUAGGAGUCCUUCAAAAGAAACAUCACUUGAAGCAGUGGCAUUACAGGAGACACAUGUUGAGUUUAAUCAAAUGAUGAGAGAGAGUGGUCAUAGUGAAAAGGCUUUGGGUCAUGUCGCAGAAAGUGAUGGUUGUAAGAUUUCAAAACCCAAGCCGAUAGAUCACACUGACAGAAUCCCAUCUGCUUUUAAGACAAAACAAUGCGAAACAUCUAGAGAGUCUGAAUAUGAGCAUUUGCAAUUUGAUGGUACCAGCACGAGUGGUGAAAUAUCUACUAUUCAAGCCAUUCCAUGUUUCAAACGUCAGGAACUGGUGACUGUGUUCAAACAACUGCUGCCUAUGAUCAACAUUACAGACAUGGUCCACAAAGACAACAGACUCAAGUUUCAUCUCAGUCUUGGUCCGUCAAUCAAACAGAUGCUAACAAAGAGUGGUCAGGAAGUUUCAAAUGUUCACCGGUUUCUGAAGAUUGUUGGUAGACUGGUACUUCGAGCACAGCAGUAUGUGGAGUCACAAGCAGAUGUUGUUUCUGUGCUAGCCAGAACUAAAGCUUGUUCCAGGAACCCUUCUUCACCUCAACUCGGCCACCUGCAGUCCUCAGACUUGCCUGAAUCACAUUCCAGAGACAUCAGUAAAUCCAGCCGAAGAACUGUAAAUAUGGCUUCAAACAAGAUGGCUGCUGCUGCAGCAGAUUCUGUUAAAGUUGCUGCUUUCAGUACAUCUCCAGCUGUGGGUGAACACAGGACACAGCAAGUCCACACAGUCAAUAAUACACCAGUAAUGGAGUCUGAGCAGACAUCGUCUAAAUCUGAUACGGCGAAUGAAGCAAGGAAGACAGCUUCCAUUAGUGCAGGAGGGAGUAAGCUGUUUUCAAAAGCAGGCACGUUUCCCUCCAUGAGAGGUGGACAGCCAUUCAUAAGAGUCUCGGCAUCUAUAAGUGAUCUUUGUCCUGCUCUUCUGAACUCUUCAGAUAACGGAGGUAGAAAGUCGGUGAUGAGUGAAUCAACAGGAGUCUCACACUUUGGUACUUGCAAGGAGAGAUCCUCUGGUGGUAAAUCAGAUGUUGCUACUAAUAAUGAUGAUCAUCAUCGUCAGAAGAAGACUCCUGCUGUUGUAACAGUUUUUGGUACUGAACAGCAGAAGGUCAGACCCAGCACACCGCGGCAUUGUCUUUCAGAAUCACCCACCAUUCCGGAAAUUGAGUACUUCUUCAGUAAAAAGAAUAACUCUUCAGUAAGCAGUGUUUCUGUGGUUGUUAAAAAGGUGCAAAAGAAGCGGAGGACUAUCAGAAAAAUUCUUGAUGACCCUGAAAAAGGUGCUACAGUGAAAUCAGCAUUAAAAACGGACAAAGUUGAGAAAGGUGCUAAACGGGCUGUUAAGUUUAAGCGACAAGGUAAAAAUGCAACAAAUUCUUUUGUGAUGGUGCAAAACAGUGAAAUUACGAUGGGGCAGGCUGAGAAUACUGUGGUGAAGCGCAAAAGAGGAAGACCUAGAAAGAAUGCGAACCUAAUACCCAAUACAAAGCCUAGUAAGAAUGUGAGCAUGGUUCCCAUUACAGAACCUAUAAACAAUGCCAGUGUGGUGCCCAGUAUUUGUGUGGAUGCUGCACAGGAAGAUGCUAGCGUUUUGGAUUGGACAUCCACGGGUAUUGGUCCAGUUUCAGACUUCGUAACAUAUCCAGACCCUCUUUCCAGUACUGGUCAACUUAAUGACUUGCAGACUGUUAACUGUACUGGUGCUGCUCAAGUUUUCGUACCGCCGGUUGUCCUCCAGCAAAGUUGUCAAUAUGACAGCUCUCUAGUAUACACCCAGAUAGGGUAUGAGGCCAGUGCAUUGUUUGUUGCCUCGAAGGAUUGUGGAGUAGAUUCAAUAAAUCCUAUUGGACAUCAGCUGUCAUCAACAUCGAAUCCUCGCAACACAAAGACAAAGCAAAAGGUGUCGCUGAAACGAAAACAUUUUGAGGGGAAAUGUGCUGGCAAUGAUGUAGGAAAGAGAAAAAAGUUUUGAGUUAUUUGAUGGAAAUAUGUUGUUGGUAAACAUUGAUAGUAGAGCUCGGACAACUUGAUGGUGCAUCUUGCUACAUCCACUGUUCUAGUUAUCUUGUGGUGCAAGGUGCAGCUCAGCAAGUCUUGAAAUUCAGUUUCAAGAGUGGAAAACACUAUUUGCUUGUCAAUGUUUAAGGAUCCACACCACCAUUUGUCAUGCCUGUCUUGUUGUAGAAGCUUAUAUAGUCCGGUAUUAGGAAAUAGUUCCACAUUAAAAAAAUACUAAAACAUUCUGAUAAAUGCUUUUUGAAAUCUUCCUUUGAUACAUAGGUUGACCUCUGUAGCAUUUAAAUAACCCAUUGGUUUGAAGUAACUUGUUAUAUUUAGUACUAACUGAUAACAACUGUACAAAUGGUGUAGUGCCACUUGUAUAACAACAACAGGAGUUAGUGCUCAGGCAUGAGAGUUGCUAACAUUACAAUUUUGUGGUCGAUCUAUGUUGAUUUUUUUACACAGUACUUGUCAGUUGAAAGCACUCUUUAAAAUUAGUAGUCACAUAAUAGUGUUUUAUUUUUUACAUAAUAUAUUCUGACAUAGAAAUUGUAUUAAACUGCAUGGAGUAAUUAAUGGUGGUGUGUAACCUUAAAACGGUAGCAAAAACAUGCUAGAAUUUGAGAAGCAGUGCUAGAAAUUAUAGUCUCAAAAUACUCCUUAUUAGUCUUGCAGUAAAACCUUUAACCAGCAAUGCAGGAGACUUGAGACAAACACAGAUAAAACCAUACAAUAUACUAGUUAUAUAUUAUCGCUUUUGAAAUUGAACAAUUAUGAAUGUAACUGAAACACUGUUAAUAUCCAAAAACAUCCUAAGAAGUUGAUUAUUAGAAAGUGUAUUCAGUGGCAACCCCUGCAAUUAAGAAAAUGUCCAUGGCAAAAAAACAUGUCAUUGAAAAAAAUCCUGAAUAUAAUCCAAGGCAAAAAACAUGCCAUGGAGAAUUAAUAACUCCACAGCAUUGCUGAUUGCCAUGGAGAAUUAAUAACUCCACAGCAUUGCUGAUUGCCAUGGAGAAUUAAUAACUGCACAGCAUUGCUGAUUGCCAUAGGAGAAUUAAUAACUGCACAGCAUUGCUGAUUGCCAUAGGCAAAUGUAGGGGUGGCAGUUGAGCCUUUUUAGUGGCACUUGCUCAGGUUUGAUGGAUUGUAAGAUUGAUCUUUUACAAUCCGUGGUGAACAAAACAGUUUUCCCAUCCCUACCAAUACUCCAUGACUUUAAUAUACAUAAAAGACCCCAUGGUGUGUAUGUCUUUUGUCUGUGUAAAGUACAUAUAAAAGAUCUUUUGCCAUUUUUAUACACCCAUUUACGAUGGGUCGUAUUAUGGUAUGGCGUUGUCCGUCUGUCUGUUAACUUUUCCUUGUCCGGACCAUAUCUUGCAUACA